AUGUCUGGUUGGUUUGUUGAUGUCGUUAAGACAAAGAAACUAAAGGGAGAGAAAACCCCUACUCGAACUUGGCCGCUGCGAAUGAGAACACAAACCCGAUGGUACGAAGAAGAAGAAUCUAUGUCACUCUUUAAUGCUAGAGAACAAGAAAAGGGAGAGUGGACGAAGGCGUUAGACAUGAGAGAACAAGAUGGAGAUGCGGAGAACAAGAUGAAGGCGUUAGACAUGAGAAUCACUGCAUUGGAAGCUUAUGUCGAGAAAAAAGAGAACAUACCCACUUAUGGGAAUAUAUUCUUCGGUGGGCAGUAUGAUCCGUCAUCUUCUAGCUCGGGAACUGCAACCGACCAAGAUUUUGUCCCUGAGAACCAAUUUCAUGGAAGAUCACCGCGGACGACGUUUCAGCAGUCCAUGCCUUUUCCCCCAUCGUUUAUACCUCCUCCUCCACCGUAUGUUACUCCUCCACAACACCCACAGCUUCCUCCGCAGCCUCAGCCACCUCUUCCAGAUGCUGUCCCACCUCCUCUUGCUGGUGCUACUCCAUCACCUGCUGCUGCUCCGGGAUGUCUACAUCCCGAUUUGAUGGUGCCAUCGGAUGCUCCGUAUGCUAAAUUUACGGUCGAGGAUCUCCUCCAGAUGCCCGAUCGCGAAGGUUUAAGACGGACAAUUGCCUUGCAUGAUCCGUUUCAGACCAUCAAAUCAUAUUUUCCUGAGGCGAAUCCGAAUUGGAGUCUUAUACUGGAAUACAUCCUGAGGACUUGGUUCAAGUAUUUUGCACAAGGGAAGAAUGGGUUCAACGAAAAGGCAAUGCUCCUCCUUAAGAACAACGUUUCCGACUGCCAAGAGAAGUGGAAGUAUCAUGGAGAUGCUGCAAAACCCACUUUCAUCAGCUUGAAGGCGGAGGAGGAAGGAGAACCACCAUCACUUGCCCGACUUUACAAGAAGACGCACCAAAAUGUGGACAUUCGUGGAUGCUCGGGCAGAAAGGAUCCACAUUAA